AUGUUUCGCGCAAUUUGGAAUCCGAACCAAAAUGUGCAUCCACAUUUUAUCAUUGGAAACAUGGGAAGAGCUGCAGAUAUAAUGUCUGGAAUAACCGGUGAUUUAAUUUGUAACAUGCGUGAUGAAAGGCUUACGGCUAUACCAG